AUGGGAAAGUUGAUUAACUUGAAGCAUCUAUAUGUUUGGGGUUGUUGGAGGCUGAGGUACUUACCGAAAGGGAUUGGGAGUUUGAAAAGUCUGCAAGUACUAGACAGGCCGUUUUAUGUAUGUGAGGGUGAUGAUGAAGCAUUGAAAUUAGGAGAUCUCGGAAUCAUGGACCAGCUUCAGGGGAGCCUUGAGAUACAAUAUUUGGGGAAAGAUGAUGCGAGUGAGAUUGAGAAAGCACAGUUGGGGAAUAAGGAGCACCUCUCUCAUUUGAGAGUAUUUUUCAAGGAUGAAUAUGGAGAGCAGAGAAAAGGCGAUGAAGAAAUAGUGAAAGCAUUGCAGCCACAUCAAAAUUUGGAAUCUCUUUUGAUUUGGUAUUGCCAAAUUGGCACCACCGAGUCUCUCUAUUGGAUCAAGUCUUUACACAAUUUGAGAAGAGUUGAGCUCUAUGGCUGGAAAUUUUGUGAAGUUUUGCCUCCUCUUGGAAAAUUGCCAUCGCUUGAAAUUCUGGAGAUAAGGUUCAUGGAGAAAGUGAGAAAGGUGGGAGUUGAAUUUCUGGGAAUAGAAGAAGAAGAAGAACAAGUCUCAAGCAUUCUAUUCCCCAAAUUGAAACAACUUACGUUCAGGUCGUUGUACAACUGGGAAGAGUGGGCCUUUGUUUCUGAAAUCACAAUAAUGCCACGCCUUUCUGAGUUGCGACUUGCGUGGUGCCCAAAGCUAAAAGCACUGCCAGACUUGCGCUACAAGAUAACAGCACUGCGUACUUUGGAGAUCCGGUGUUGUCCAAUUCUGGAAGGAGAAUACAAAAAAGGCGUGGGGAAGGAGUGGCACAACAUUUCUCACAUCCCAAACGUCUCAAUUACUCCAUUGUAG